AGGAGAGGCCGGUACCCAGUAUCUAACAGCAGCAGCAAUACAGAAAAGGGGGAAGCAGGCAAUGUUGAGAAGCAGCUGACUCAGCGCCUCUCCAAUACCGCCGGAUGACUGCCUAUUCCAGCAUCGCCGGACCCUGCAUCUGACGGGAGAGAGAGGGGGGGGGGGGGGGGGGACAGAGAGAGGGAGGGAGGAGGAUUUUUCUUCCAGAUGCACUGGCCCCCGUGUGAUUUUUCGGCCUCUCUGAACCCUGGACAAAUGCGUUCCUGAUGUCUGCGCGGAGGCUGGCGAGCUCGGCAUUCUCUACAGGAUGAAUGAGGGAGGCAUCUGUGCAGCUCCACCCGUUUUCCCCGUCGUCUCUGCAGACCCUGAAGGCUCAAACCCCGGGGAGGAGCAGGAGGGCUCGCCGCCGUCCCGGGGAGUCCACUGCAGCGGCUGCAUCGUCUGGCCUCGCCAGCAGACCUGGUUGUGUGUCGUCCCGCUCCUCAUCGGCUUCAUCGGGCUGGGGCUCAGCCUGAUGCUGCUCAGGUGGAUUGUGGUGGGCUCGGUUAAGGAGUAUGUGCCGCCAGACCAGCGGGAAUCCAACCGCGUCGGGCAGGACCCCAUCUUCCUCUCCAAGCCCAGCUCCGUCCCGAAGAAUCGAGAUACGACCACCAGCACCAGCAGCAGCAGCACCACCACCACCACCCACCCCCCGGUCAAUCCUCUUGGCCCCGGCACCCGGGGGACCUCGCCCGUCACCCCCAGACUCGUCACACAGGGCACGGUCCACUCCACCACCAACACCGCCCUGCGGAGCCCCUCCACCCCCACCCCCAGGCCGGGGGUCCCGCUCACCUCCAGUGGCCCCGGGACGUCGCCCUACCGCCUCACGCCCACCGCCACCCACGGGACGCCCUGGCACACACUGCCCUACUCUACCUCUGCCAGCAAAUUCUUCCUGCACGACUCCACGCCGUCCUGGACACUAUCGAAAACGGGGCCAUCGACCACCGACACUCGCUCCGGCGUCAGACCCAAAUUCCCUACCACCACCGACACCACAGAGAGGUCGGAGCACUUUAAGCCGUGCGCGGACAAGGACCUCGCCUACUGCCUGAACGAGGGAGAGUGCUUCAUCAUCGAGACCAUCAAUGGGAAUAACAAACACUGCCGAUGCAAGGAAGGAUACCAAGGUGUUCGCUGUGACCAGUAUCUGCCGAAAACUGAUUCCAUCCUCUCUGAUCCAACAGAACAUCUCGGAAUAGAAUUUAUGGAGAGUGAGGAUCUGUACCAGCGCCAGAUCAUGUCAAUAACCUGCAUCACAAUCGGACUGACAGUGGUCGGGAUGCUUUGCGUGGUUCUUUACUUCAAAACAAAAAAACAAAGACAGAAGUUGCGAGAUCAAGGCAAGGAGAUUCGCUUUGCAAAGAGCUACAGUCUGAAGGCCACGGACAUGGACAGACCAGACAGUCCUCAUCAGAGCGUCCUGCCUCUGGAGAAGUACACCAAGCCAGGCACCAAUAUUGGGGAGGAACGGCGGAAAGUUCUGGAAUCGCAGUUCUUGGCUGCUGGAUUGUCCCCAGCCAAAUCCUCGCCAUCGCCAAAAGCAUUGGGGAAACCCCAGAGGUAUUGCCCUUCCUCCUCACUGAGCCCGAGGCAGCUGGGCAGGAUGUCGUCCAGGGUCAGCCCCCGCCCCUCGCCUCCGCUACUCCACGGUUCCCCCAGUUCACUUGGAGGAGGACAAGCCUCAAAGUCGCCCAGCACAAGCAGCCCGAUGCAAGAGCAACCUCCAUCAGCCAAUGACUUGCUGGACAGAAAACGAGCUGCAGCCAUGGGCCGGCAUUGCCCGGAGAGUCCCGGUGAGGCUCGGCCCGAAGCCUUCCACCGACCGGUGCAGCUGUGCCCGCUGGAGCUGCGAGACAGGGGCAGGCCGGGGCCGUGCUGGGCCGCCUCGGUGCCCGUCACCCCACUGAUGGGGGAGAGGAGCUGCGUGCGGGUGCAGGCGGAGAGCAGGGACGGGGACCGAGCCGACACCUCUCCCUGCUCCUUCCCAACCGAGCUGACCAGCGCCAGCGCCCCCAACACCCCGCUCCGUGCAGCGGACGGGCAACAAGUGGAGAUGCUCCUACAGACGGUGCAGCGGCAGAUCCAGCUGUUGGCUCUGGCCGGUCGCAACCCCGAGGACUAUGAACUAAUCAACGAGUGCGAGGAGCAAGCUGGAGACAACACGGAUUUUCUUCCUGUGGCCUCAGCAGAGGAGGUACCAUUUCUGCUGAAGAAGGAACAAUGUAGAGACUGUGAGCUGGGAAAGUGACAUUCUGCUAGCUGUACCUUCAUUGCAUUGCGAACCUGGCAAAAGGGACGAGUAUGACCAGAGGAAAAUUAUUUAUAUGCAUUUAUUUAAAGCAUUUAAUUAGAAACCAAAUAGUCUGUUGCCCCCAUAGUGGUUUAUGGAAACUAUUUUGUAUUGUUUUAUCAGAUAAUGUUUCUUUAUUUCUGGUGAAGAUCUUAGUGCCUAUUGUCCGCAGUGGGUGUAUAAUGGGACGUGCUGUGUUUCACCAGAUUAACUCCCAGCACAGCCUCACUCUCUGGACUAAGCGCGGACCUGGGCCUUGCCAUUGGCACAGCCAAGGGGUACAAGGGUUGCAACGUGCAAGGGCACAGAGGAGAGAUAACACACUUCACCGGGCGUGAGGGUUUCAGACCAGACACCGUCCGUGGCAAGCGAUUCAAGAGAGAGUUAGACUUAGCUCGUAGGGCUAAUGGAAUCGAGGGAUAUGGGGAGAAAGCAGGAACGGGGUACUGAUUUUGGAUGACAAGCCAUGAUCAUAUUGAAUGGUGGUGCUGUAUCGAAGGGCCGAAUGGCCUACUCCUGCACCUAUUUUCCAUGUUUCGAAGCUGCAUGUACGUUGUGUAGCUGGAAGCAGAAGGCAACUAACCACUGAGUCUGGGUGAACACAUUUCUAAUGCAGUCGUGUGUGUUGUGCCGUGCGGUUGAGCCCGGGCUCCACGGUGUGGGGCCUGCUGACACCAGAGUUGCAGCAACAUCUAUCUCCCCGCUGUUGACUCUGCAACGCCCCUGUGUCACUCCAACCUGACCCUGUUCCCCCUUGGUGACCAGGAGUUCCAGCUGUGCACCAGUAAAUGCCCUUGGUUACCGGCUUCAGUGUUGCCCUUUGCUCACUCAGUGCUCCACUUGAGCCCAGCUGUUGCCCUUGUUCAGCCAAUUCCAGCUGUGAGCCCCAGCUGUUGGCCAGUGUAGUUUCGGGGCAGUGGCUGGAGUGACAGGGAGUAAGACUGCUGAAGGUUCCCACACCAUCUCAGUGGUGGAUUCCCAGCUCUGGCUGCUGAAGGAUAGCUCUCUCUCUCUUUCUAUCUCUCUCUUUCUAUCUCUCUUUCUAUCUCUCUCUCUCUCUCUGUCUCUCUCUCUGUAUCCCUCUCUCUGUACCUGUCUCUCUCUGUCUCAGUCUGUCUAUGUCUAUCUAUCUUCUUUAUCUUUAUAUCAUCUCUCUCUGUAUCUCUUUUUAUUUCUAUCCCUUUAUCUCUCUAUCUCUCUCUCUCUAUCAAUCUAUCUCUAUAUCUCUGUAUCUCUCUCUCUCUAAGUAUCUCUCCCCUCAACUCUAGCUGGAGGACAAUUAAGAAUGAGUCCAAGUAUGCACUGCUGGAUAUGCCGCGAGGGACUGCAAUGGGAGGCACCAAGGAUGUCGUGCAUUUCUAACGUAGCAUGGCUUGGUCAUGGGAAUAAUGCAACGCCACUCCAGCACCGAGACUCCGAGUGGUGAAAUGACGGCACGCCCCGUGCACCCCCCACCCCCUCCCCUCAGCUGCCCUCCCCCUCCCCCUACCCCCCCCUCCACCACCCCCGUCCACCACACAGCCCACACACAAGGCGAGGUGCCCUGUGGAGACCAGAGGUCACACACCUCACUGAUGCCGUGUCAGAGUUCUUGUGACUGAAACAGCUGAUCAGGUCCCCAUUCAUCACACAACCUGGUGGAGCCCAUGGUGUACAAAUUAAAAACUAUUUAAA